GACAAAUGAUUUUUUGCAACGUGUUUGGCUGGUGUAAAUUGUAAAAGAUGGCGGAUCCGUUGACACUAUUCACUUCUAUCGGGCUAAGUGAGCAGAAAGCGAAGGAGACUUUGAAAAAUGAUGCCUUAUGUUCUGCCCUAAAGGAUGCUAUUACACAGGCCCAGCGGGUGCUUGGGGCGGCAGGAGUGGACAAAGCGACAGGGACCCUCCUGUACACAAUGACCUCUCGUCUUCGAGACCCCAAACGCCUGGGCUUCCUCACAGAUCACAUCGCUCAACGCAAGAUCUGUACAGAGCUGCAACUGGCAGCUGCUUUGGAGUUUGUGAAGAGCCAUCCCCAGGACCCUAUCAACCAGCAGGAGUUUGAGUCUUUGUGUGGAGUGGGAGUGGUCAUAACACCAGAGCAGAUAGAAGACAAGGUGGAAAAAGUGAUCAAGAAGCACAAAGACCAGCUACUGCAGGAGAGGUACCGUUUUAACAUGGGACUGCUCAUGGGGGAGGCUCGUGGUGGCCUGAUGUGGGCUGAUGGGAAGAUGAUCAAAAACGAGGUGGACAUGCAGGUCCUCCAUCUCCUUGGCCCAAAGACAGAGGCUGACCUGGAGAAGAAACCCAAGGCUCAGAAGGCUAAGGCUCCAGAUGGUGAGGUGAAGGAGGAGCUCACAAUGAAUGGGGAGAUAAAGAUUGAGGGCAGAUCGCUGAUGGAUGAGCUGAGAGGAGUGGCCUUGAAUUUCCACAAACCAGGAGAGAACUAUAAAACAGAGGGCUAUGUGGUCACUCCUAAAACCAUGGACCUGUUGAAGCAGCAUCUGGAGUUCACUGGAGGACAGAUUCGAACUCGUUUCCCUCCAGAGCCCAACGGUAUUCUUCACAUUGGUCAUGCCAAAGCCAUCAACUUUAAUUUUGGCUACGCUAAGGCUAACGAUGGGAUCUGCUACUUGAGGUAUGAUGACACUAACCCAGAAAAGGAAGAGGAGAAGUACUUCACUGCCAUCAAAGACAUGGUGGAGUGGCUGGGUUAUAAGCCUUAUGAAAUCACUCACGCCUCCGACAACUUCCAGAGACUUUACGACCUGGCAGUGGACCUCAUCCGUAGGGGCCAUGCCUACGUGUGUCACCAGCGGGGGGAGGAGCUGAAGGGUCACAACCCGCCCCCGUCGCCAUGGCGAGAGCGUCCUGCUGAGGAGUCAUUGGUGCUGUUUGACAGGAUGAGGCGGGGCCUGUUCGCUGAGGGAGAGGCCACAGUCAGGAUGAAGAUAGUGAUGGAGGACGGCAAGAUGGACCCCGUGGCCUACAGGAUCAAAUACACAGCCCACCAUCGCACUGGGGACGCAUGGUGUAUCUAUCCUACCUAUGACUACACCCACUGUCUGUGUGACUCCAUUGAAAACAUCACCCACUCACUCUGCACCAAGGAGUUCCAGGCCAGGCGGUCAUCGUAUUUCUGGCUGUGUAAUGCUCUGGACGUGUACUGCCCUGUGCAGUGGGAAUAUGGCCGUCUGAACCUCACCUACACCGUGGUCUCCAAGAGGAAGAUCAUCAAACUGGUGGAGGAAGGAACUGUCAGGGACUGGGACGACCCUCGUCUCUUCACUCUGACUGCUCUGAGGAGGAGGGGCUUCCCAUCUGAGGCCAUCAACAACUUCUGUGCGAAGGUUGGAGUGACUGUUGCCCAGGCAACGAUGGAGCCCCACAUGUUAGAGUCGUGUGUGAGGGAUGUGCUGAAUGACCACGCCCCCCGAGCCAUGGCCGUCCUGGAGCCCCUCAAAGUCACCAUCGCCAACCUGCCUGAGGGCAUACGGAAUGAUGUCCGUGUGCCUGACUUCCCAGCCAAUGAGUUCAUGGGCAGCCAUGUUAUUCCAUUUACACGCACCAUCUUCAUCGAGCAGAGCGACUUUAGAGAGGUGAUGGAGAAGGGCUACAAGCGUCUGACCCCAGAUCAGCCAGUAGGCCUGAGGCAUGCUGGCUAUGUCAUAUCUGUACAGAAGGUCAUCAAGGAUGCCCAGGGCAGGGCGGUGGAGUUGGAGGUGCAUUGCUGUAGUUCCAAUGAGGCUGCAGAGAAACCUAAGGCCUUCAUCCACUGGGUCAGCGAGCCCCAGAAGUGUGAAAUCCGUCUAUACGAAAGACUAUUCCUUCACAAAAAUCCUGAGGACCCGUCUGAGGUGCCCGGCGGCUUCCUAAGUGACAUCAACCCUAACUCCCUGCAAGUGAUUGACAGUGCCUUGGUGGACAUCUCCGUGAGCAAGGCAAAAGUGUUUGAUAAGUUCCAAUUUGAGAGAGUGGGCUACUUUGCACUGGACCCAGACAGCACAGCAGACAAGCUCGUCUUCAACAGAACGGUCACCCUCAAAGAGGAUCCCGGGAAGAUGUGAUUGGGCGGAAUGAGAUCAAGCUGGACUGCCUGCUUCCCAUGAGCCCUCAAACAUGUCUGAAUCCCAAAUCAACCCCUGUCCCCUACACCUGACAUGAUUUAGAUCUGAAAGUAUCAAUGGGUGUAAGCAAUGCUCCAUCUUGAUAGACCUCUGAUAGGCUUGGACUUUUUGCCAUAUUGAAUAGACUUAUCCAAUCCAGAUCUACAGAUGGGCUUAGGAGUCGAUUUGAAAUCCAGAAUUGUGGUUUUCGGGCAUCUUUCAGUUUAGCAUUUGCACAGACUUGGAAACUGUCGCAAGGUACCUCCUUUUGAGGACCACAACUCAUUUAUAAUUGGGGUAAUAAGGGUCUUACUAUAAGUUUGUAUGAUAUGAACCCAUCCUGUCAAGCUCUGAGUCCAUAGUCAAACUUAUCAUCAUCAAGCUUAGCUCUGCUGAUCUCUCACAACAUAGAUGCUUACAAAUGCAACAUUUGGUGACACAUUUGAGAGGAAACCAUGAAUAAAACCAUGAAAAACAAUUGUAAAAUAGA